AUGGUGAACAUGAGCCUGCAAAAGGAGGGCCGCCAGCGGUCGCUCCGAGACCAGCGACGUUCUACGGAGGAAGCAGCGGAGGACUUCAAUACUGAAGGCUCGGACAGUGGAACUGAGAAAUUUUCAAGGAAAGGACUGACAGCGAGGCGCAUGAAGCAGCUUCCCUGGUCUUACCUCCUUUCCUAUGCUGCGCCAAUGAUUGGGGCGGGUGGAAUGAACUUCACUCUGACGACUUUCGCAGCCUACUUCUAUACGGAUGUCAUGGGAGUCAGUGCUGGUACUGUCGGGAAAAUUCAGAUGUGCCUCAUGCUCAUGUACGCGGCGUCGGAGCCACUUUUCGGCUGGGCCAGCGACAUAACGGGGGGCUGGGUCCAAAUGAAGCUCGGUCGACGGAAGCCUUAUUUGGCGGUUUCUGCUUUACUUCAUGCAAUAACUUUCAUGUGUUUAAUGGGACCACCUGCAACUUUAACGCCCGGAAAUGGCCUCGUGGAAUGGGCUUUUUGCUUCGCCGUUCUUCUUGGAGUCUCUUGGGGAUGCAAUGAAGUAACUUACCAGGCUUUAGGCGCUCAACUGACUUUCGACUACGACGAACGCACGAAACUGCAGGCCAUUGCUGUUUCGGUUGUUACAGUCGGAUCGACGUCUUGUGGGCUUCUUCACGGAAUUCUCGGGACUACGCUUGGUUCCUCAUUUGAAGCAGUCCGUUUCCGUUUCACCGUCCUGGCAUGCGUGUAUGGCGGCCUCUUUGUCGUUGGAACCUUGAUCAUGCUCGUCGUGAUCAGAGAGGAAAACGUCCAGAUGGACUACAGCGGUGUUAUCGAGUCGCAGACGUUAGGCGAAUGGAUCAUGAUGGGUGUCGACUCCGCGAAGCAAAUGUUCCUGAAUCUGCCGUUCUUCUUGCUCAUCGUGUGCUAUUCGUGCACAAUCAUGGCCGGCGCAGUGACACCGAUGAUGCUCCCGUAUUUCUGCAAGCACGUGACUCAGUCAGCUUUCGCGACAGAUUGGGCACCCCUCCUGUUCACAGCAAGCGCUGUCGCAGGCAUGCCCGUUUGGGUUUUCUUGGGAAGUUCCUACGUCGGAAUGGAGAAAAAGUGGAGAUUUCUGCUUGCGGGAUUCUGGCUAGCCCUCUUCUUGGGUCUCUCCGCGCUCUUCGUGAAGCCAGGAGAUAAUGACUUGUUCAUCACGUUGUCCGUCCUCGGAGGGUUGGCGAUGGGAGGCUACUUCGCCACGCCGGAAGCCAUGAAACCCGAUGUUGUGGACUACGACGAAUUCAAAACGGGUGCAAGGCACGAGGCCAGGUUCGCCGGUGUGUUCAUGUUCUUCGCAAACCUCAUGGCGGGUGUCGCUCUCGAAGUAAUGCUUCUGUUGCUCGAGCAUUUCGGAUACGAUGGGACAAAGAAAAUGGGUGAAGCGGAGCCGGAGGCAGUGAUCAUGACGAUCAGAGUUGGCUACGGAGCUGCACUGGCAUUGAUGCUUGUCUUCAUCACCCCAGCAAUGGUUCUAUAUCCGAUCACCAGAAAGAGUCACGAGAAUAUCUUGACUGCGAUUCAACGGCGUAUGGAUGGCGAAUUUGUCGCUGAUCCGUUGUAUGGAGGUGCACCGCUUCCUCCAUAUGAUAAUGUACCUAUCAAUAGACGCAUGGAAUCCGCCGACGCGGGUGAUCAGCAAAGCAUGAGCCGGGGUUCCUCUUUUCUGCAGCAAGUGGGAAUGGAAGUUGGUUCACUGGCCAGCUCACACGGUGACCGUAGUGGGAUCAGAUAUGUUCCAUGA